AUGCAAGCCGACACGGAAGAAUACCUGCGCGAGGCCGCCGGCCGCGGCCACGAGAUGGUGCAGCAAAUGGUCCAGAAGCUGAGCGGCGCGCUCAUCUACCCCGACGCCGGCAACGUGCAGACGAACGAGAAGCUCUGGGACGUCUACGCGAGCGAGUGGGGCGCCGAGGCAGGCUGGGUCGCCGGCAUGGCGGCCUCGAACCGUGAAGCCAAAGAAACAUUGGAAAACGUCGGCGACGAGUGGGCCCCGGCGGCCCAUACAAAACGCGUCGUCGACGAGUGGAUCCUCAGCGAAGUUUCACUGAAGACGCAUUGCUGCGAGAUCGGCAGCGGCGGCGGCCGCAUCGGUAGAAUGGUCGCGCCUCGCGUAUCGAAGCUCCAGUGCUUCGACGUGAGUGCCAAGAUGCUCGCGGCCGCGAAACAGGCUCUCGCGUCCCAGGAAAAUGUGACCUUCGCGCAAAUCCACGGCGACGCCAGCGGCGCCGACGCCGGGUUUUCCGACAAGCCGCGGCACUACGCUCCGCAACAUAAACACCGCAUUUCGACUUCGUACUGUUUUGACGUCAUGGUGCACAUGGACGCGCACGCCAUGUUCCGGUGUCUGAAGCGGAUCCGAGCUUUAGUAAAGGAUGAGGGGAAAGCGUUCAUUUCGACGUCGAAUCUCCUGGCGCCGGACGGCUUCCGGCGCUUCGAGGCCCAGGAGAAGUACUCGGUCGGCGGGUUUUACUUCGUCACGCCCGAGACCGUGCGGUGCUUGGUCUCGCGCGCGGGCUUGCGCGUCGUCCGCGAGUUAUCAGCGCCGGACGCGUCGAACACGUACUACAACGCGACUACCUCGCGCUGCUCGCUCCCGUUGUCGAGGCGCCUGCCAUCGCGCCGGUUGUGGCCGUCAGCCCCACGGUCAACACGGCCUCGUCGCCGGUCAGCCAGGACGCCGCGGCAGUCGCCGCCAUGGACGAGGACGAGAUCGUCGACGCAGUCGAGGCGGCCGAGAGCUCGGGCGACUGCGCGGCCGUCGUCCGCCUGCUCGGGAGCGCGCUCGCGCUGGAAGAGCCGGAGACCGCGGUCGAGGCCGUCGCGGACGCUCUGCUGCGACUGGGCAGUGCGCACGCGGCGGCGCUCGGCGAGGCCGGCGCGUGCGAGCGCGUCGCCGCGGCCCUCGCGCUGCCGUGCUGCGGCGACGACGCCUCGCUCGCCGGGUGCUCGGGUGCUGCCGCGUGCUCGCGAAGAGCGGCGCGAACGCGGCGAAGCUGCUCGCGAACGACGGCGCGGCGCGGCUCGUUUCUGCCAUGGAGGCACACGUCGCGUCGGGCGAGCCCACGCUCCAGGAGCAGGGGGUGCCUCGCGAUCGAGGCGCUUCGCCGUGGCGGGGCGCCGCGCGCCCGUGAAGCCGGCGCGGAGGCCGCGAUCGAGGGCGCGCGCGGCGACAUCGUGAACGAGCGGAACAAGACGUACCCCGACCGCGCGCUGGCCGCGCUCGCCGGUUCCUAG